AUGUGGCCCAUAAUGAGUGAUGAUGAAUGCGUGAGAGCUCCUCGCAGAGGGAAAAGACCCGCUCUUCACCUGGAAUCUUCAUCAGGCAGUGAAAGUGAUGGUGCUGGGGAAGUAGUUAUCAAAAAAAAGAAGAUGAAUAUUAUUGAAAGUGAAUCCUCAUCUGAGAGUAGUGCUAGUAGUGAGGAUGAUAUGGGAAUAGCAAGGCCAAUAAGGAGGCGGCCUAGAGUCAGUAGUGAUAAUGAAAGCUCCAGUGAAGAUAGUAGCAGUGAAAGUAGUGAAGAAAGUGAUGAGAGCAGUUGUGAGGAUAAUGAUGAUAACAUUACUCCCCGUGUAGGUGGAAGGCGUGGAAGAGUUACUAGAUCUUGUCGUGUGGAGAGUGAAGAGGAGAGUUCUUCAGAAUCUGAAAGUGAUGAGUCUUCCUCUGAAAGUGGGCAUAGUUCUGCAGGUUCGUAUGAAUCAUACGAUAAUACUGACGAAGAAGCAAUGAUUCAGGCAGCUAUUCAAGAAUCACUUGCUAGUGCUACUGUGAAACCAUCUGAAGCUGAGAACUCUGAACCGUCUGAAAAGACUGCUGCCAAGAAGAAACCUGUUGUGUCUGAGGCAGGUGGAUUUGCAUCUGAUACUAGUGAUGGUGAAUCAGAAAAAUGUCCAAUAUGUCUACUCAGCUUUACAGAUCAAGAGAUUGGCUCACCUGAAACAUGUGAUCAUAGUUUCUGUUGCGUUUGUAUUCAAGAAUGGGCCAAGAAUGUUAACACAUGUCCAGUUGAUAGACAAGUAUUUUCAUUAAUCCUGGUUAGAAAACAAUUAAAUGGCAAAGUUAUCAAGAAGAUUCCUAUUGCCAACCGUGAAGCAAGAGAUCCUCAAGAAUCUGAUACUGACCCUACAUUUUGUGAGGUCUGUGGGCGCAGUGAUAGAGAAGAUAGAUUACUUUUGUGUGAUGGCUGUGAUCUUGGCUAUCAUUUGGAAUGUCUCAACCCUCCCAUGGAAAAUGUACCCAUUGAGGAGUGGUUCUGUCCUGAGUGUGCAACUGAUCAAUCUUCCCCAUUGGCAGAAGAACCCCAGGACAUGGUUGAUGUACAGGAUGGUGAACUUAAUGAUCUUCUUGAUGAUAUGGUUCAGAUUCGCCCUAGAACAUCACGAUUACUUCCACGAACACGUCAAAGUGAACGUGUGCGUGCAACCCUUAGAUCACUUCAUCAAGAAUUUCUACAUGGGACCCAUGAACCUGCCUUGCAGCAGCCUUCCACAUCUGGAAUAGAGUCUGUGGGUGCAGAUAGCAGCAGUGUUGCUAGUGGUGCACGUGUUACUUCUGCUGCAUCUGCAUCUACAGUAAGGAGACGUAAAGUUGUCAGAAGAAAAACUGUAAAGAAGCGAAGGAAAAGGCGCACAACUAAAAGAACAACUAAAAGAAAGCCUGUGCGAAGAAAGAAAAAAGUUACAAAAAAAGUUGCAGUCAAAGGAUCUGGUGAUGAAGAAACUGAGGAAAUUGAGGAAUAUGUUACUAAAACUAAAAGGAGGAAAAGGAGAAAGAGGAAAAUACGCCGUAGAAAGAAGGUCUCUCGUAGAAAAACUGCCAGGACUGCUGUUCCUCGAUCAGUAAAAGGGCGACUUGCAGAGCAGUUAGGUUUGUGUGCUCCUUCACGACCAGGAAUGUCUCUGCCUGUCAUUCGUUCUAGAGUUACUGCUUCAGAUAUUGAUUUACAAAGAAGUAGGGCUGGAAUCCCUACACUACACAUAUAUGGUCCACAAAAUGAACUGGAUUAUUUCUCGUCUGACAAUGAGGAUGUAAUGGAGAGUGGCAGUCUUGCAGUUGCUGCUCGACCACGAAAUGCCCGUGUUGGAAGUGCAAGGUUAAUUGCACGGAAAAAACUAUCAGCAGCAGCUUUGCAGUCUCACACAGCUGUAAUUUCUCCCAAACCAGUCCGUAAUAGAGUGAAUGUGGAAGGAAAUGCUGUUGCUUCCUCCAGUUCUCCAGUGGAUCUUAUUGGAAGCAUCUUAGAUAGCCAAGCUAUUUGGCAUUCAAAGAAAUCAUCAGUGACUAUUAAGCCUGAUGGUUCAUUGGAAGUGAACAAGGAUCUUGGCGGAACUGCAGUGGCAAAUACGCAAGGUACUGUUGAGUGUGAUAGUGUUUCAAACAAGAAUAAAUCAAAUGACAGUUUGAUACGCAGUGAUGACAGACUUUCAGAAGUGAAUGGUUCAAGCACUUCUCCUAUUGACUUAGGCAGUGCAUCAGCACGGACAACCCAGGCUCCCAUGUAUCCUGGGAGAGGUGAUAACCAUAAUAGACCUCCACCUAGUUCAGGCUUCCAUCAAUUUGGAGGAAGUAGAUACAGUGCUCCUUCAUAUUCAAAUUAUCAGAGUGGUAGAGAUUUUUCAAAUUUUUCCUCUUCUUCAUCAAAUUUUGAUGCUAGUAGCACUCGAGCUGGAUACAGCAAUUACCUUAAUAGUGGAUUGCCACCAGCACCUCUACGCAACACACCUGUGAGGUUUCGUGUUACACCUCGCUACCCAAUUCGGAGACCUCAAGGGCCUCAAAGGCCGCAAGACUCUUCAAAGCAUGAUGAUAAAAGGCCUGAAGAUGAUGGAGAGGGAUGUCAGAAAACUCUGGAAGAGGAAGAAGAUGAUGAAAUUGAUAUUUACAGUGACAUUGAAGCUGGUGGUGGAGGCAGUGGUGGCCCUAGUGGAGGAGGUUCAGAAUUAGAUGAAACAGAACGAAGCAUGGAAACAAGUUAUGAAGCUUUACCUCCUCCUCCAGAACCUUCUGCUCUUUUAAUGGGAUUUGGUGAGCAAGCUUUGAGUGAAGAAGAACCUACAAGUGACAGCGAACUAGUUAUAGAUGACAAUGUAGGUCCUCCUUCUCCCCAUGAUCAAAAUGAAACCUCCCCUCAGAUUCCAGAAUCAGAAAAGUAUGAUCCUGCGGAGCCCCUUGCUGAUAGUGACGAGGACAACGAUGAUGAUGACAAGGGUGAACCAGAGACCACUGUUCCUGUUCGAAAUGAGGUCCCAGAUCAAGACAUUCCUCUUCCUCCUGCUCCACCAGCAUCAAUUCCAUUUCAGUCCAGUACAAAUAUUUCACAGCAUAUCAUCAACUCUUCAUCCAAUUCCAAUGCUAGUUAUCUUCAUUCUCCAACUUACGGUGAAACUUCUUUUGAAACUGACAAAAUAUCAGCAGUUACUGAUGAAGGUGUUGUCAAUAAAGUAGUCAAAGAAGUGAUUUCAGAAAGACUUAAAAAUGCAUCUGGAAUUAUUGGUGUUAGUGUAGUGCGUGGUUCUCCCACACAUCCAGAGGUAGGCAGAGAGGAUGAGGAAGAUGAAUGUCCAAAUUUUUCAAUUUACUCUGCUACAAGUAUGGAUAUAGCAAGGAGGGCAGGGGAAGAAACCAUUGAUGUAGAUUCUAAGAUAGGCGAUGAAAAAAUAUGUGAGACUUCAGAAAAUGAAUCGAAAGAGGAAAGAGAAAUGGAAGAUACAGAAAAUGACAGAAAAUCGGAUAAAAUUAUCACUGAAUCAGAAGACAAGUCCAAAUCACUUCCAGAAGAUGGUUCUCCUUCUGCGUCACCUGAUAUAAAACAAGCAGCUGAAAUUACUGUCCUUAAAGAUGGCAGUGAAGAAAAGGAAGAAGAAGAUGCAGAUGCAAAGAAAGAAUUGAGUGAAGAGGAGGAGGAGGAAACUCGUAAAGUUGACAGCAAAGAUAAAGAUGAUGAAGAGGAGGAUGACGACGAUGAUGAUGACGAUGAUGACGACGACGAUGAUGAUGAUAAGGAUAAGAAUGAUGAUAAGAAUGAUACUAGUGAUGAAUUUGUCAAAGCAGACCAGGUUGGCAAAAAUGAACAGCCUGUUCAGAAAUUGAAGAAAAAUGAAAGUGAUAGUAGCAUAGAAGAUUUAUCACCUGGAAAGAUAGUUUCUGAUGCAGAAGAUAAGGAAGAGCACAAUGCUACAAAUGCGGAAAUUUGUAACGAGAAAGAAGAGGAAGAGAUGGAAGAGGAUGAAAAAGAAAAGUCUUUAACUCCCACUAAAGAACUUGACAGCACUAUCGAAGAAAUUUCUUGCAGGCCUCGUACAAAUGAUACUUUUGAUUCUGAUAAUGAUAGUGUUAUUGGGGAUGUACCAUCUGCAGUUUCAGUAGUGGUCAGAAAUAAAGAUCCCCCAGCUAUGUCAGCACCAUCUGGUCUUGAAGGUCUUGAUACAGAAACUAUUUCAGAAACUGAAGAAGCUAUUAAUUUUGAUGACCUCAGUCAAGAUGGAAAUGACAUUCCUUCUGCAGAAGAAGAUGGAGAGAUUUCUUCAGCCAAAAAGAGAAAGAAGAAAAAGAACCGUAGAAAUUUGGAUGUGGAUGGCAAAAUGCUAAGUGAUUUAAGUGGUGAACUUCCUGCUGAUAGAGAACAAACACCACCUGAAGAAGGGGAAAUAAUUGAUGACAGACCGAAACUCCAUGACACCAGCAAAAGAGACAAGAUAUCUGUGGAGAACAAGGAUGUUUCACAUGAUUUGGAAACCUCAAAGGUAUCUGAUGAGAAUUUUGAUAUUUCUAAAUCGAAAGAUGAUGAUAAAAAGAAAAAGAAGAAAGAGAAAAGGAAAUCAACUGAAAAAGGAGUAGAAAGGCCGGUAUUAGGAAGCAGUGAGAAUAGGAGAAAGAGUAAAGAGAAGUCUCGCAGAUCUGAAGAACCUAACAUUUCAUGGAAGAAACCAUCUAAAAGUACUAAAGAAAGAAAUUAUCGGGAUACAAAAACAUCAAAACCUGAUGAUACUGGAAAAGACAAAGAUAAAGAUAAUGAUAGUAAGGACACAAAUAAGAAGAAGAAAAAGGAAAAAAGGAAAGAUAUGGAAAGAUAUGAUGUAAGAAAAAUUGUAUCUGAUAAGCGUCGAAGACGUAAAGAUGAAUUUGGUCGUGAUCUAUCUAGAGAUCGAUCAUGUAGCAGAUCUCGGUCUAGAUCUCAUCGUAGAUCUCGUUCGUUAUCAAAGAGUAGAAGACAUAGAUCCCCUGUGAGAGCCAGGAGAUCACGAAGUCGGUCUCGAUAUCGAUCACGAAGUCGCUCGUAUCGAAGGUCACGGAGUAAAUCAAAAAAUAGGUCUAGGAGGAAAUCGAAAGAUAAAGGCCGUAGAAGUAGAUCAAAAGAUAGAACAAGAGUUCGUUUAAGUCGGUCACGAAGUAGAGGAAGAAGAUCCAGAUCUCGAUCGGGUUCUCAUAACAGAUCCAAGAAUAAAGCUAGAUUGAGAUCACGUAGCCGCUCACCAGUUAAACAGCGCAAAGAUAGAGCUGAUAGAUCUCAUGUUGUUCGAGAAGUGCAAAGAUUCCACACUCGACGUUCAUGGUCGCGAACAUGGACUCCAUCAUGGUCAAGAUCUCGUUCUCAAUCUAUAUCGUGUUCUUCAUUUACUCAAAGUAGAUCACCCUCAGUUAGACAUUUCAACAGAUCAUUUUCACACUCUUUUUCACGUUCAUGGUCUCGUGAGAGAUAUGAAAGAAUUCCUCUUGAGAAGACAGGUACUCUAUCAGGAAAACCUACUAAAAAGCUUACGGUAAUUGUUAGCAACACUAAAGAAAAUUCUGAUCGUCAAAAGAAAGAUAAAAAGAAGAAGAAAGAUAAGAAAAAUAAGGAAUUACUUGGAACAAUGGAGAAACGAAAGAAGAGGAAAGAGAAGUCACCAGCUCCCUCUAAAGAAGUGUUUACAUCGGGUGAUAACAUUCUUGUUAGUGUUAAUUUCAAUAAGACUUCGAAGUCUGGUACAAAUAAAGAUUUAUCUGCUUCUCUGCCAGCACUAUCAAAGGAGGCAUCCAAAAGAAAACGAGAAGAAACAUUUGAAACCGAUAGAGAAAUUAGCAAGAAAAUCAGAAAAGAGAAAAAUAAAGAAAAAAAUAAGGGUAUUCCAAAUGAGAAGAAUGCUGUUGGAUUGCAAGUGGAAAAGAAAGGUAAAAAACAGGGUGCAAGAGGUAAUAAAUCAGCGAGAAUGGCUGCUCUUUUAAAACAAAAGCCAGUGGCAAUAAUUGAUCUUGAUCAGUCACCUUUCCGAGAACAGACUCCCUCACCUAGAGAUUUGAUUGUAUUAAGUGACAGUGAUGAUGAUGAUGUGAGAAACAAAGGUGUGGAACGUGAAGAAAUUGUUGAAGCUCUUUCAGUUUGUCGGAAUUUACGUCCUGAUAUUUCUAGCCCACAAUCCCCUGCUAAAGGUGUUCAUAAUGUACCAGCUAACAUUUCUGUUGCUAGGUCUCCAGAAACAGAAUUGAAACUUAUGAGUGCAGUUAGUAAUUAUUUGACCACUAGUACUGGUCCCAAAACUCCUCCCGAACCACAAAUAAAGUUUUCAAUUGCAACUAAACAACCCCAGUUACGUGUUAUCACCAAUCCUCUUCAAGAGGAUGAUGAUAUAUUGCCAGAGGAUGGAGGCCUUGAUGAUUCCGAUCAGAGAAUUGAAGAGGAAUUGGACAGAAGUUUAGGAGAAAUAGUAUAUAAAGGCCCAAAUACUCCUCCUGAACCUAGAGGUCCCACUACCCCAUGUUCUCCGCCUACAUCUCCUGAUGCAUAUGAUCCAUUUGAUCCCACUAAGUCUGGGACACCUUCCCCAGCUGGGCCUGAAGCUAGUAUGGAUGGUCCACCCAGCCCUCCUCGAACUCCUGCUGAUGACUUGCAAAUGGGAAUUGUUGAAGGAUCAGCUGGGCGUGACUCACCUUUACCUAGUGACUUGGAAGACAUGGUUAAUAAAAAUGCUGAAGCAAGAAACAAGUCUCCUCCUAUGCAACCUUCUGAAGAAGUUACUGAAGAAGCUCGAUCAUCCCCAAAAGUUGUUACAAGAGAGACAAAAUCUCCUGUUGGGAUAUCUGAAACAAUAGCUUUGACUCCUCAGCUUCAAAAUGAAGAACUGCCUGUUGCAGAAAUAACUGAUGUUUCAAAAGUAUCUCAUGGUCUUCCUUCUAACAUAUCUUCAGUGUCUAUUUCUGAAAGCAAUACAAAGUCCCCUGAAAGAAAAAUUGGUGUAGUUAUAAGCACACCGCAAUCAAAACUUCAGAGUACUCCUAUCAAACCCCCUGUAUUUCCUGUUCCAUCCCUAAAGCAGGCUCCUACAUCCCAACAGACCAUGACAUCAACUCCUAGCCAUGCUGCACCUCCCCCAAUAUUUCCUUCUCUUACCCCUGUGAAUAUUGCAUCUAUGCUUUGUACUCCUACUGCAAAUUUAGCUCUAAGUCGAACAAACCUUUUCACCCCACAAACUCCAAUGUCUGUCCCAUCCCUUCUUCAGCAUGUUUCUAAUGCUGCUACACCUGUUCAGGCUCGAUUAGCUACUGAUAAAUCAGUGGUUCCUGCUGUGCCUAUUCGAUCUUUGGUUCAGAAUGGUGAACAAUUGCCAAAGCCUCAGGACACAACAACAGAAGUAGUGGAUAUGGAUUUGGAUUCUCCAUAUUCUCCAGGAUCCAGUGAAGGCGAUGAUCUAUUUGAUCCUCCUGCUGAUACUCCCACCAGAACAAGCCAACCUCCACACACAACAGAUCGCCCUAAAACGGGGCCAUCAACUGCCAAGAAUGCAAACAAGCUUGCGGUACCUGCAUCAAAUUUACCGUCUCAUAAGUCUCCAAGCAAGAAUCAAGACAAAUUUGAUUCUCUAUUUGGCAUGGCUGGUGCCCCUACAAAGCCACCUGGGUCUGCUCCAUCCAAAGGGCGAACGAAGGGUCACAAAGGAACAAAAGCAAAGACAAAACACGUAAAAGGAGGAAAAAAAGAAAUAGCUAUCAAAAUGGAUGAAGAUCAGUUACAAAUCUUGGAUGAAUUACCAAGUUCUGCUGUGGAAUUGCAGGUGAAAGAUAAGUUUUUGAAAAAACUGAAUCGCCAAGAACGUGUUGUGGAGGAGGUUAAAUUGUCUUUGAAGCCUCAUUACAAUAGAAAGCACAUCUCGAAAGAAGAGUAUAAAGACAUUUUACGGAAAUCUGUGCCGAAGAUUUGUCACAAUAAAUCAGGUGAAAUUAAUCCUGUGAAGAUUGCUACAUUAGUUGAAGCAUAUGUGAAGAAAGUUCGCUACGAGAAGAAGAAAAGUGCAAAUUCUAGUAGUGGCACAAAUUCAGCUCCUGCGAAGGCCAAAGUGUGAGUAUGAUCAAACACUUAAUAACACCUCAAUUUUUUGAGGUAGUUACCUUUAUUGUCUGGCACAAUUUGUGUAAAGGGGUGUUAAAAUGAAAUAAUAAAUGUUACUUAUUUUUUUUAUCUCUAUUUAUGGUUUUGAUGGUUUUACAGUUAAUUUGGUCAUAUAAAAUUGAUUUUUAUGCAUAGUGUUCAUUACUCCAUUACAAAUUACUUAUUUCUGAAUAACUUGGAAUUCAGAGGGAAAUAGGAAUAGGAAUUUUCCUUUCCAGUGGUAGCUGGUCUGUUAGUGCAACACUAGCUAUUCUUCUCAACAAAUAAAACAAGUUUCAAAAUAAAGGAUUUUUUUCUUUAAU